AGGGAAGAGCAUUGCAUCUCGCUCUGCAUAGGACAGAGGACAGAGGACAGAGGACAGAGGACAGAGGGCAGAAUUCAAAAGACACCGCAAGAGCGUCCAACAAGCACAGCGACGUCGAGAAGACUUUUGUUGCUUCACAGGCGACGUCUUCAGCACCAAGGACAGCGAUCGUCGCCAAGGCAGCGAGAGCUCCUUUUGAAUAGUUCGAAAUGGUGAUCACCUUCGACUCACAUUCGUUGACGCUUUUUGUGCUCUUCGGCGUCCUCUGGUCUCAGGGGUCAGCGGUGGGCAGCGACCCUAGUUCAAGACUGGGAGAUGUAGUUGGCUUCGAUGGACAGAGUGAGGAGGACCGGCCACAGUUACCAUUGGAAAUCGACAAUGAUAUUUACCAAAGCCCUAUAGUGGACAGUGAAAAGCUCUAUUACCAGUUGUCCGCAAACCUCCCAAGAACAACGCGCCACACUGAUGGUCUCUUCACGAGCGAGUACAGCAAGAUGCUGGGCCAGUUAUCUGCCAGGAAAUACCUGGAAUCCCUGAUCGGGAAGAGAGCCAGUGCCCAAGAUGAUGAUGUUCCUUCCAAACGCCACACUGAUUCGAUCUUCACCGACAACUUUAGCCGUAUCCGGAAAAAGAUGGCAGUGAAGAAAUACAUAGAAAGACUCAUGAAUAUCAGGAGAAGCCGUGAAGAGUUAAACUCAGCCAAUCUCUCAGAUACUGAGCCGCUUGGUGAGGACUAAGUGCAAUGGCUUUUGAAUCACCUUCCGCCUUUGAAUCUUUGGACCACAUCUUACUUACCUACUGGACUGAAAACUACAUAGCCUUUUUUUCAACUGUUAAUCAGGAGUGAAAGUCUAUCAGCAUCAAACUCCAAACCAACAUGUUCUGAAGGGAAUGUUAUGGUGACCCAUUUGGUUCCACAAAAAAUGAGAGUUGAUGUUUAUUCACUGUAAAUAAAAUCUCUCUGCAAUGAUAUAAACCUCUGUACCCCAUUAUACCUAAUAAAUGUAUUGCAAGUAGCAUGUGAAGUUCACAUUAUAUCAAUUGUAAAAGUCAUUGUGUUCAACACUUAACGAAAUAUCUCAUUCAGAAGGAAAUUUGUAGAAUUUAGAGAGAUACAGCAUGGAAACAGACUUGUUCUAUAUUAUCCCACUUGCACACCCUGCACACUAACGGAAAUUUACAGAAGCCAAUUAACCUAGCCAUGACCUAUCAUUAUGCAUUUAUAUUUCACGAGAGCAAGUGUGGACCCAUUGGGUCUGUUCCCCCAGCGCAAUAUUCACCACUCACCCAUAGUCCAAAACUGUGCAGGCGCGGCUGACAGGUUCCCGUUGUGACACCAGAAAUCCCCGUUGCGACGCGAGUCACGACAACACUCCCCCAACUGCGCAGGCACAGCCAACGUUUUUAAAGUUUAAAAUGACAAUAACUUGUAAAAUAUAAGAUCAAUGUGAACACAUCUCACUCUCACUCUUGUAUUGUAUUGUAUUGUAUUCGAAUAAUAGUAACGUCCUCACCAGGAAGCGGCUGAAGGACGGUAUCCCCCGCACCAUGCCCUCUUCCCCCACAUAAAGACAUUAAAAAAAUCAUAAAAAACACACAUCAACAUAACUAAAUAAACAAAA